AUGGCACCCAAAAAUACCCGAAGCCCGUAUCGAGAAAAGAUGCCAGAGGCACCAGCGGCCCAGAAAAAUCCAGAUAAAUUGGAUAGGUGGCGUUUUGACAUGAACCCCUCACGCUCUCCACCAACGAUUGACGAAACACUAGCCCAGGCUGCGCUGCCCAGCACAACAACAGCACACCACAGCGACACCAUACACCCAACCCAUGCCAUGUCCCCUCCUCCAUCCAAACCCGCCAAAAACCGGGGUUACGCCUUGAAACACACUCUAGGAAGAGCUGAGCCUCAACGACCCCUCACUCCUCCAAUCAAACACAUGCCAGAAGGACCCCUGUGCCGUUCCCGUUUCCUUCAAUAUUUUUUUUCUUAA